GUUGCUUAGCUACAACUCACUCUAAAGCAAUUCACAAAUUGGACAUUCCAUCACUGGACUGGCCUAUUGCUCCAUUUCCAAGGCUAAAGUAUCCUCUGGAAGACUUUGUGAAAGAGAAUCAACAGGAAGAAGCCCGUUGUUUAGAGGAGGUGGAAGACCUGAUUGUAAAGUACAGGAAAAAGAAGAAGAUUGUGGCUGGAAUCAUUGUAGAACCAAUACAGUCAGAGGGUGGGGACAAUCAUGCUUCCGAUGACUUCUUCAGAAAGCUACGUGAUAUUGCCAGAAAGCAUGGCUGUGCGUUCUUGGUGGAUGAGGUGCAGACAGGAGGUGGCUGCACAGGAAAAUUCUGGGCACAUGAACAUUGGGGCCUGGAUGACCCAGCUGAUGUGGUAACAUUCAGUAAGAAGAUGAUGACAGGAGGAUUUUUCCACAAAGAGGAGUUCAGGCCAAAUGCUCCCUAUCGGAUUUUUAAUACCUGGCUUGGAGAUCCAUCCAAGAACCUUAUGCUUGCUGAAGUUAUUAAGGUUAUUAAAAGAGAAGACCUUCUAAACAAUGCAACCCAUGCUGGGAAAGCACUGCUGACUGGGCUGCUGGAUCUACAGGCCCGUUACCCCCAUCUUAUCAGCAGAGUGAGAGGAAGAGGAACAUUCUGUUCGUUUGACACUCCAAACGAUGCAACUAGAAACAAGUUAAUUACAAUAGCCAGAAACAAAGGUGUUGUGCUGGGAGGCUGUGGCGACAGAUCGAUUCGUUUUCGUCCAACGCUGAUCUUCAAGGAUCACCAUGCGCACCUCUUUCUGAACAUUUUCAGUGACAUCUUAGCAAACUUCAAGUAAAAAGCUGUUCCCUCGCACUGAGCAGCCGAUUAUGAAAUUAGUUUGCAUUAAUUCAUGUCUUCUCUACUUACAAGUGUAAAGUCAUAAACUAAGGUUUGUGUUCUGUCUGUAAACCUGUCCAAGGCAAGCUGCUCCAUGCAAACUUGACCCAGGCAGAGCAUUGGUACCGGUCACCAGCAGGUACAUGCAGCUGUUCCACACCGUGCAUUUGUAGAAGCUGUGGCCCUCCAUCUUCUGGCUUGGGUCAUAUUAAUUACAGAGUCCUCUCUACAUUCAUGGCCCUGGCUAUUUGAUUGUCU